CUGGUUCAUUUGGGUUUGCGGUGCGGCGUGAUCGCGUGAUGUGAUUCGGUGUGAAAUCAAGGAUGUUGAACGAUCACAAAAAUAGUGCCGAGAGACGGGAAAAUAUGGUACCAUACCAUACUGAUUCGUUACUUCGCACUGAAACUCUUCCGGCUCCUAGCGUACGAGUACCUGUACCGUUACGGAACUGUCACGGUUAGUUUAUUCGAAUGUUCGGUCGUUCGGCUGUUUGGUUAUUCGGUUGCUCUGUUUGGCUAUUUGCUUGCUCAGCUGAGUCGUUCACAUCCCAUUUUCGGUAAGUUCAUUCCGAUACGGUAUCAGAAUUUCGUUCGUGGAAAUCAGGGGCAAAAGUACUUUGUGCACUACGAAAGGAACAGAGGCAGCAUCCUAACACCCUUUCGAAUUGCGUCUAAUAUGGACGGUGAUUCUUUCGAAUAAAUUGAAUUGCACUUGACUAUAGGAAUACCAUAGAUUUAUCGAUCAUGGCGACGUGUAAUGGAUGUGGUGAGAGUUUUCCCAGUCGAAAUGCUAUCUUCAGGCACCUGAAGGAAACCAAUGGUGCGUGUCUAUCCAAAGAAGACUACAAACAAUUUGUGAAAUAUGCUCGAAAGACGACAAAAGCACCGAAAGUUAUUAUAAUGUAUGGGUACCUACCGUAUGAUGGAAGUAGCUGUUCAAAAUCAAUAAUGAUCAGAAACGGGGAAGAUGCGGGACAUAUUCUCAUGGAGACGAUCAACGAACUUGAAAACGAGAUUAAUGGAUUUUCCGACGACGAAGACGACAAUGGUGACGGGGAAAAUCCAAAUUCAUCAUCCUCCAUUAACAACAUAAAUCGCUCCUAUGGAUACAGUGCGAGAUCGGCAGAAUGCGUCAAACAAGAUGAGGACACGGCAGCUAUUACGGAAGUUAUGACGGCGCGUUUGUAUCCGUUGCACAAAGACAUGUCGAUGGAAAAUUGGCUAGAUCUGGUACAGAAAAAACUGGACGACAAAUUUGAUGAAGGCCACGAUAACACGAUGGAUGACGGGAACAGCUUCCGUGUCACUCCGGUUCGAAUUAUUGGGCGUCAGGAUAUGCCGAACCUCAGAUUCAAUGCGGAAAUGGACGUAAGUGAGCAUCGUUUUCAGUGUAAUCAAUAAGUGCUUUCUCCAAUUAAAUGGUUUGAGUCCAUUAUCAUCAUCCGCCCACGCAUUUUUGGUAAUUUUGUUUGCUGAACACCGUGCCCUCAAUUCACAGAUAACCUAUCGACGGGUCGAGUAUGUCCUGCCUGUAGACUUUUUCUCGUGGUCACCACGAAACGCCGAAUUCAAAGAGAAGAUACACGAGACUCCCAUCUUCAAAGAAAAUCCUAAGCACGACAUCGAUCACGUAAAAGAAACAACAAACCCAUUGGAUCCCGCGACGAAGGCAUUCAUGAUGGAACUGAAAAACUUUUUUAAACUCCUGACAACACGUGUUGUAAAAUUAGACGUAACAGACGAAGCCAGUGUAUUGGAAAAGGGAUUCAGUGCGAAAAAACUAAUGAAACGAAAGAGAGAUAAAAAACAGAGAGAUGCAGAAGAUAACAGAGAUAAGUGUGCUGGUUGUAGUACUUCUACAAAUGCUCAGCAAAAAGGAUUGGAGGGAGCGUCCUCUUCAGUUGAUUUCAAGGAUUCGAGGCCCACUAAGAAAGUCAAGCCCACCAAAAAACCGAAGAAGACAAACGUUCUGAAACGCAAAAGAUACCACAACUUCACUGAGAAGCUCAUGGCUCACGAGUAUCUUACUUAUCGACGCCUCGAUCGGAUCUAUCAUCGAUCAACGUUGAAAUUUCCUAUGGAAUCCGAAUCGAAAAUGAAAACGACUUCGUACAUGAUUUUAUCGAUGUCAGGAGAUAUGUUUCUUACUGGACAAACUUCUCGGUUAAUUGGUGUCAUUGUGGCGCUUGGUAACGGUUUGAUUGAUCGUGAGUUUAUUGACUGCGUCUUUGAUGAAAAUUAUCCGCAUUUGGUACCGACACCUCCCGCACCACACUUUGGAGUUGUUUCUUCCGAAGUUCAAUACGCAAACCAAGAGGGCAAAACAAGACGCAUUCUCAGCGCACGGAUGUCUGAUCGCUACACCGAAGGUUGGAAUAAUGAGGCCACUAUUCGGCGUGUGAAAGAUUGGCAAAACGAGGUUUAUAAAUAUGUUGACUCAAAAUGGAAAAAGGAUGGUCGAGACGAACAGGGAAGGCUGAGGUCAGAGCAGGAAUGGACAGAGAAGGUGUUGCUACCAUGGGCCGAAAAGGCCAAGGAACACUUGGAGGACUAUAAACGUUGGAAAAAGAAACAGCAUCAGUCAUCCCACGAUCUUUCGGAGUCUUCUGCAAAGCAUGACUCGCAUACCGAGAGCAGCUAUGCGCCAGAAUCAUCUCGUAUCCCCCAAAUUGAACCCAUCGAUCCAACGGUACCAGAGGUGUACAAGGAUGUUCUUCACCAUUUACGAAAACUAGACGCCUCUGGAGAGUGGCCAAUGACUAGUUCAAAACGACAACUUGUUAUGGUUUCUUCCUCUGAUGGCGUGAAGGAGAAUGGCAAAGGGACGGAGUCGCUUGCACUCGCUUGUUUGAAAGCCAAACGAAACGAACUGACCGGCUCCUCUGCCUAUUCCUUUGCGGAGGGACAGGGUGGUGCGAGUGGUUCGUUUUCGGUUGGAAUCAUGCCCGGCGGUGACAAGAAGCAGCCCAAGGCCAACUCAAUGUUCCCGGACUUGGUCAAGGCCGCAUUUCUUCUCGAGACAAAGCUGUUUCCCGAUCGAGAGCCAAGCAGUACCAUUGCCGUCAACAGAAAUGCCCAGUUUCGACCACACACCGAUAGUGGAGCAGGAGCAGGGCAGUCAACAUCUCUGAUCGUUGGUUUAGGUACGUAUGGUGGUGGCGAGUUAAUGGUGGAGGGAGACAAACAUGACAUCCGCUACAAAGCCAUCGAGUUCGACGGAUGGAAGCAAAGGCAUUGGACAAUGCCUUUCAAGGGAGAACGAUACAGCUUAGUAUGGUUCACUCCGAAGGGUUGCGAAGGUAUGAAAGGGAUAGAGUUGGAUUUAUAAUAUAAAGAGAAAGGAUUUAUUUGGAUUGGUCGCCGCAUAUUUAUUGAUA